AUGCCAGCGCUGCCCGCAUCGCCUGGCUACGCUCAGCUUCCACGCAACUACGCCAGUCAGCCGCCGCCUCCGCCUGGAUACAACGUCGGCUGGCAGUAUACAGAUCCGAACGUGCCGCAAUCUGCUCGAGCAAGUCUGGCUGGUACUGCUUCUGGUAUCAUGGCUCCUACACAACGCAAUGUGUCGAUUGGGAUGAUGCGGUCAACUGAGAAGAGGGCGGAUGAGUACUUCGCCUAUCAAUAUCAGGCGGGCGUAGAGACGAUCCCGCGAACCGAGGAGCCCCAGACUGUACCGGUGUUGCUGUGUCACACCUGCAGUAUUUGCGGACAGAUGCGGUCUGCGGGCUACCAUCGAAGUCACCCAGUCAUACCAGGCAAACCCAUCGUCACCACGUCUUGCCGAAAGUGCACGAAGUUUACUAAAAGCCAACGUACCUCGAAAAGUCGUAGCUAUACUCGAGUCCGAACUUGCACUGCCGAUGAGCCAUGCGGUUGGCCUAGAAAGCCAAUCCAAAUGGACGUUGACAACAGCGAGCGAAGGGGCCGGCGACGGAGUCGCGAUGAGAUAUAUGCAUCCUGGAAAACCGAUCACCUCCGACCACGUAUCGUCAAGGAAGGUUCCAGUCAGGCCAAUAUUGGGCUACGGACCUUACAACGCAGCCCUACGCGCGGUUAUAGGAGCGAGACGAGGGUGCGUGUCUCUUCAUUGAGCCCUGGUCGUUCAAGGUACGACGGUGUUUGGCCGCCACCGGAUGUUGUUCGCAUGAGACCAUCGAGACCGGAUGAGCUAUACCCCGCUACUGACGAGGUAUGGCCGCCACCUGAUGUUGUCCGUACUCACUUUCAUAGGAAGAAGAGCGCACCUCACCUUAGCCCUCGGAUUGUUGAACUCAGCCCCUCGCCCCCGCCCCCGCGCAGCAGAGCCACCAGAGUCAGCUACCGAAGAGAUUCGCAAGAACGCCAACCUACAAGCUCGGUUCAACGAAGUGAGAGCCGUGUACGACUUGCAUCACAUCCAGGUCCCUAUCGAACAGUGAUACCUGAUCAUCGAGUCUUUUCGCAAUCUGAUGAGACUUCGACAAACGAUGCUGGCUCGGAAUCAAUCGGUCGAGGGAUUCUCAAGCCAGCAGAUAUGAACUUUGAGACAUCUUACAGGAAAAGGACGAGCAUACGCGAUAGCCAGCAAAGCACUAACGUAGAGGUCGGAGGUCCACGUGUUCAGUUCGCUUCAGAGAGAAGUGAGGAACCUCGCCCCAACGACAGGUCCGAUGACGGGAGGUAUGAGCAGCGUCGCCGCUAUGAGAGUUUUCGUUAUGCGGAAAGGCCUGCAUCGCCACCAACCGAUCAUACGGAGAGGCUCCACCUUCGUCGAUCGUCAUCUUCUCCACAAAGAAGCUACGACGAGAUUCGGAUCGACCGUGCACGUCGCAUCUCACCAUCACCUCCCAGACUUUAUGAAGAGGUCCGAGUCCGACACAUCAGUGCCAGCCCGUCACCAUCUCGCGAGCGUAAGUUUCAGCCCCCGCCGUCGCAUCUGUCGUCUGGGAAGUCGGUACGCUCUGGCUACCGCCAUGUCCCUCGCACUCACGCUGUCGGACGUACUCGAUCCUCGACACCCCCUGCCACCAGAAAUCAGAUGGUAUCAGAAGAUGAUGUGACUGACUCCGAGAACGAGGAGCACGAUCAAUUCAUGGUCAGAAGCUGGAAAGGCAUUGAUGAGAACGGUCAACCAGCGAUCUUUGUUGAGGGGGGAAGUAAAGUCAGGAUGAUUGACCAAGGAAGCGUGGGCGGCUCCGACUUCAGGCCGCUGACUGAUAGGCUGGCUGCGAGGAGCUGGCGCGAGGUAUGA